AUGAAUGAAUUAUUAUUAGAUUAAAUUCCAUAACUUGUUGAUAUGCUAAGAUCUUUAGAAGAAUUAUCCCUUAUGUAAGUAUAAACUUAAAGUAAAAAUACCACAGUAGUUCAGUAAUUGCCUGAAUUACGUAUGGCAAUAUGUAAAUAUAAGAAUUGGAGUUCUAUUGCUUAGAAAUAGAAAGAAGAAUAUUUCUAAAUUAAUGAUCCAAGUAUAAAAGAAGGUAUUAUAUCUUAAUAAUCUAAAUAGAUAUUAAAAGAAUGGCUGAACUCUAUUCAAAUACAGUAUUUGAAGGUAUUAUUGAUGGAUUUAAAUGUGAAAAAUGCACAAAAGAAGCUACUAAGAGAUGUUCUCGUUGCAAAUAAGUAUGGUAUUGUAGCAAAGAUUGUUAAGUUGGUGAUUGGCCAAAACAUAAAUUGAAUUGUUAAAUAAUCAAUACAUAAAAAUAAGAGGAUACUAAAUAAGUGGAUAAAUAAUCAGAUAAAUUAUUAGAUUAAAUUGAUUGA